AUGGCUACUCAGGAAGUACAUCAACUGAACAUUGGUCCUAUUACGGCGCAUGCGUUUAACAGAGACAGAACACAGGUGGCAAUUUGUCCAAAUAAUAAUGAAGUGCAAAUUUAUCAGAAAAUUGGAAAUUCUUGGAAUCUCCUUCACUCUUUGUUUGAGCAUGACAAGCUUGUCACGUCUAUCGAUUGGGCUCCAGAAUCCAACCGAAUAGUUACUUGUUCGCAAGACCGCAAUGCCUACGUCUGGAACCUCGAUCCAAUUACCAACAAAUGGAAACCUACUUUGGUUCUUCUCCGUAUAAACCGUGCAGCUACUUGUGUACGUUGGUCCCCUAACGAGGACAAAUUUGCGGUUGCUUCAGGGGCACGCGCGAUUGCGAUCUGUUACUUUGAGAGCGAUAAUGACUGGUGGGUUAGCAAACAUUUGAAAAAGCCGAUCAGGAGUACCGUCUUGUGCUUAGAUUGGCAUCCCAAUAAUGUGCUUCUGGCAGCUGGGUGUGCUGACUUUAAGGCGCGAGUAAUUUCAGCAUUCGUUAAAGGCGUAGACAAAAA